AUGGACACAGCGUCUGUGGACCAUGCACUCAAAAACUCACGGAUCAAAAUUCAUUCUUUCUCUAUAUGGGGUAUCCCGCCCACAACAAUUGUAUCAAAAAACAAGACCGUAAAGCCGGAGUUACUUUAUAAAUAUCCAGACAACGCGAAUCUCCCUUCUCAUUUAGUCGAGUUCAUCAUCCCAUUUGAGUGCAAAACUGAGGCGAUAACCAACGCGAAUUUGAUGCGAAAAGAAUCGCCAUAUUUUCAGUUACUCCACACCAACACACACUCACUCUUUUGUACAUGCCUUCCACACGUCGAAGUCGUCCCGUUCCCGUCUGACAUCAUUCAAGAAUCCGAAAUUCGCAAGUUAUACACUAUGACGACUUCUACAGUGCUCACCCGUCGAGUCUACUGUUUGGCAACUUCCGCGCCAAUUAUGACGACGUCAGCGAGAAUACUGAAUCAAUUACUCCAAGCAGAUUUUGAGUACAAAACAAAGUGGCUUGAGAUGUUCUACCUGAAGACGAUGCCCAUAGAGAAGAGCUUUGUAUAUAAAACAAGUCAAAAAGAAGCGAUUGAACGCGUGAAGAAUGUGAUUGACCAAUUCAAUGAACAGUUGCGAGACCAAGAACGAGAAUUUAUCGGCGAAGUUUCGCAGUUCUCGCGCUCGCCGUCGCCGAUGUCUGCUUCGCCGUUACUAGCGGCGGACGAUAUGCUCAAGAAGAACUUCAGCUUCCACUCCGUGAAGUUCAAUUUCUCGUCGCAACUCAAAUCAAUUCGACGAUUUUGUUAUCCGCGACUUUUAACGACAGUCAAUCCCGUCGCUUUCCUUCAAAUGAUCAAUGCGGUGAUGAGUGGGAUUGGUUGUGUGUGUAUCUCCCCUUCCGAACACCAACUUUCUAUUGCGUGUUUUGCACUGUUGGCGAUGUUGGACCCGUUCAGUUGGCAAGGGUUAUUCAUCCCAAUUGUCCCCCCACAACUCUCCGACUUCUUAGAAUCGCCAAUGCCCGCUAUAUUGGGGAGUUUACCACCAAACAAAAAGUACGUGUUGGCCACUGCUGAUGUCGUGUACUUAGAGAAGCAGCCCAUGUUCAAAAAGGUGAAGUCAAACCCUAAAGUGAUCACAAUACCAAAGUACGAGCUUUUAGUGUUAAAAAUUGCUUCAUUAGUGCAAGAAAAACUGGGGAAUGUAGCAUCAGGGAAGACGUUUGAAGACCGCGAAGUCUUGUUGUCUCGUGUUGAAGACCGAGUCAUUGACGAAUUUGUGGAAGAGAUCCAUGCUUUAGUCAAGGCAAGUUGCAUUGACGAGCCCCUUGAAAUGGUUAAGAAGGCUAUGGACACUUUCAAGCCAAAAACCAUCAACGAUUUCCUCGAGAGGUUCAUCAGUUUGUAUAAGGACAACAAGUAUGUCUGCGAACUUGUCCAAACACAGCACUUCAAUAGCUGGUGGUAUGACAAUUAUGACAAAGAAAGCAGUAAGUCAUAA